GCUGGAAGCUUACAUAAAGACUGGAAGAAGGAAGCUUUUGCUCUUGCCGGCCUGCCGCACCUCACUAGCAAGUCCGUUUCUACUAUGGCACUUGGAUUCCAGAGUGUACUGAAAACCAGCUGAGACAUCCAGCCCUGUGGACUGAGCAGCUACGGGAGUCUCCAANCUGCCAUGCAUAGACAGCCUUUGUUGGACUAGCUAAACCAGAGCCUCCUGGACACCUGGUGAGCUGUAAGGAACACCUGUCAAGUCCUCUGCCUGACACCUAGACCCAGCAGCUGUCAUGGGCACCCCAGACAGAGAAUGCUUUGUUGAGAGUGUGGUUAACUACCUCCUGGAUGUGAUAAGCACAGAGGACCUGCGGCUCCUGCUGACAGAAGAGGAAACCUGGAAACACUUUGUGGCAGAAGUUGAUUUGUCCAGGAAAGAGGAAGAUUCCUUGAGUGAAGAUCUUGGUGAGCGUGUAGCUGAUACUGAUGUAGAAGAUGAAGAUGGUGAUGCAGAAGAUGAAGAUAGUGAUGCAGAAGAUGAAGAUAGAGAUAUAAAAGAUGAAAAUAGUAAUAGAGAAGAUGAAGGUAGUGAUACAGAAGAUGAAGAUAAUGAUAUAGAAGAUGAAGAUAGAAAUACAGAAGGUGAAGAUAGUGAUACGGAAGAUGAAGAGGAGAUCCAAAAUGAUCUGUGGCACAAGGAAAGGUUCUUGAAUGCAUAUCCUCGGGUGAAACUGGAGCUUGAGGAUCGCAUCAGGAAGCUCCACGCCCUGGCAGACAAGGUUGACAAGGUGCACAGGGACUGCACCAUCUCACAGGUGGUGGCCAGCUCCAGCAGUGCUGUGUCUGGAGUCCUGACCAUCCUUGGUCUGGCUCUGGCACCUGUGACAGCAGGAGUCAGUCUGGCAUUGUCAGCCACUGGCUUGGGGCUGGGGGCAGCAGCAGCUGUCACUAGUGUGUCCACAAGCAUUGUGGAAAAGGUAAGUGUGGUGUCUACUGAAGAUGAAGCCAGCAAGCUGGUGCAAACUAACAAAGACACAAUGAAGGUCCUGAAUGAAGUUUUGGGUCAGAGUGGCCCCAGACUUCUUUCUGUAUCUACAAAUACCAUCCAGAGAUUGCAAGGCAUUCAGAAAUGCAUUAAUGCCAUUCCGCUGGCCAAAGCCAACACUCGCCUAGCAAAUAAUGCCAAACGUCUCAUGACCACAGGGAAGAUAUCUGCCCGAAACACUAAACAGGUGCAGAAAGCCUUUGGAGGUACCACUCUGGCAAUGACCAAAGGAGUCCGAAUCAUGGGUGCAGCCACCACAGGUUUCUUCCUCUUGCUGGAUGUGAUCAGCCUUGUGAAAGACUCAAAGCAUUUGCAUGAGGGUGCUAAGUCAGAGUGUGCUGCAGAGCUGAGGAAGCAAGCUCAGGACCUGGAGCAGAAGUUACGGGAGCUCAAAGAGGUUCAUGACAGCCUGACUAAGUGACCUCUUCCUCUUCCAUGCAGCUCAGAUGACUGGGGAGGGAGUGUGCUGGACAGAGCCAUGAACACACGGGAGCCCCUGACUGUACCCCUUCACAGCAGUGCCUGCUCAAGGGAGAGGGCACGUUAAGAUACAGGAAGCCGGAACAGAGAUGGGACAAUCUCAUGACCUCUUACCAGACUCCAGCUCUUAGAUCCAUCAACCUCCCAACUAAGAACCAGCUUCCCAAGCUGGGGAGCACAUCCAUGUCCUGAUGAGCUACAGCAUGGCUGCUCCUGAGCUGUGCCCACUGCACUGCUCCCAUCUGAGGCUCACCAGCCUCACCACCCACUGAGCUGUCAAUCUUCCCACUGCUUUGUGAUUGGUGGCAACAGAGACCUUCUCAUCUUUUCUUCUUCUGCCUCAUUGUGUGUUUUUCCAAAUAUGUCUCAAUCUUACAAUCAGACUCUGGUUGUGAACGUCAUUUCCUGUUCUUGGUUUUGAGUUACAUGGGUGUUGUUGGUGAAAUGCUCAAGACUAGAAAGAGAGGAUGCUGGGAAUACCACCUGUCCAAUCAUCAUAAGUUCUUGGCCUUCCAUGCCACUGUGGAUGCUAAGGAAAGGAGAGGUGACAUUGUAUGACUGGUGAGUUCUUCUCUCUGCUACCAGACUCCAGGGAAAAUCACAAUCUUUAAUGCCUAUUGAUGUUUAAAAUCUGCUGUAAUUGGAUGAGAUCUGCCAAGAUGAACAAGAAGAGCUACACUUGGUCCAUAAUUUUCGUAGAAUAAAUUUGUGAAAAUUGACCUAGA